AUGCCAGCGGAGGACCUCCCAGAGAGACGAGUCCGGACCCACAUCGCCGCCGUUACCGAGCUGAAGCCCGAAUCGGAGUUACUGCUGCGCUACUCCUCGCUGAAGCGACUGCUACGGAUCUCGGCUUGGUGCCGCCGCUGGUUGCUGAUUCACCGCCAGCACCGCCAUGCGCAAGGCCAGCCUAGCGUGAUCAGCUCCGACGAACUGACGGAGACCCGCAUCUCCUGGGUAAGGUUGAUCCAAUCUAAAACCUUUACAGAAGACAUUAGAAAGCUGCAAAAUGGAGCGGCUCUGCCGUCGCGAAGCUCCCUACAGAAACUGAACCCAUUCCUGGACAGCGAGGGACUUCUACGAGUCGGCGGGCGCCUCAGACACGCAAACCUACCGUACGACGCAACUCACCCGCCAAUACUGCCCAGCGAGUCGGCUUUCACUCUCCUCGUCGUAGAUGAUCACCACCAGCGAACUUUACACGGCGGUACUCAGAUGACCUUGUGCUCCCUGCGCCGGGAGUAUUGGGUCCCUCGAGGUCGGUCGUUGGUGAAGAAACACAUCAGCCGAUGUGUAAGGUGCACAAGAUGGCGAGCCGCCAUCCCACAGCCUCUCAUGGGCGAUCUCCCGGGGCCAAGGGUCACACCAAGCAGGCCAUUUCUGCACACCGGCGUCGACUACGCCGGUCCGGUUUGGCUGAGGACCUCGAAGGGCCGCGGACACAAAGCUACUAAAGGGUUCAUUGUGGUUUUUGUAUGUUUAGCCUCCCGAGCCGUUCACCUCGACGUAGCCUCGGACUACUCCGCCGACGCCUUUAUCGCAGCCUUGCGCCGGCUCAUCUCAAGGCGAGGGGUCUGCAUCAGCUUAUACAGCGACUGCGGUACCAACUUCGUGGGUGCGGACAGGCAGCUAAACUCUCUCUUCUCCGCCGCCAGUGCCGACGGACGCCGCAUCGCCUCAUUCGCCGCACAGGAGAAGAUCCAGUGGCAUUUCAACCCACCGGCGGCACCGAACUUCGGCGGCUUGUGGGAAGCCGCGGUUAAAUCGAUGAAGCACCAUCUGCGACGAGUCAUCGGUGAUGCGACCCUCACCUACGAGGAGCUGGCUACGCUCCUCUCGCAGAUAGAGGCUUGCCUCAAUUCACGACCGCUGCAGUCCUUGUCCGAUGAUCCUGAGGACGUCGCAGCUCUCACACCGGGGCACUUCUUGAUCGGUUCCGCUCUCUCCGCAGUACCGGAGCCGUCGCUCGAACGAGAGCCGUCGACCCGACUAUCACGCUGGCAGCUCCUGCAACAGAUGAGGGACCAUUUCUGGUCUCGGUGGUCCAGCGAAUACUUACAUACGCUGGCCCAUCGGCCAAAAUGGUCCCAAGUCAACCAGGAGGCUCACGUCGGGCGUCUGUGUCUACUCCGCAGCGAAACCACCCCACCAACGCGGUGGCCGCUCGCGCGCAUCACUCGGCUGCAUCCCGGAUCCGACGGCCACGUGCGCGUCGUCGAUAUACGUACCGCGAGUACGAGUUUAACGCGCCCCGUCAGUAAACUUGUGUUCCUGGGCGGCGACCACGAAACUUUACGAUAA